AUGGCGGAGGAGCAUUUGCCUGUAGCAACAAAUAUAGCUGGCAGUCUGUUAUUACCGAAUCUCCUGUUUUUCUGUGAACGAAAAUCAAAAAAGCUCAGUGAAAGUGAGCAGGACAACCUAACUAGAAUUUGCUCAGUUUGUGGUAAAAACUACUGCAUUCGCCAUCGGUCUGAGCUAAGCAUAGAAGCGACGCGACCGUGGACCAAUGUUGUAAUACCUAAAAGUAUAGACAGUUCCUUGGAGCAGUUCCUAGAUGUCUUGCUCAAGGAAUAUGUACAUCCUUGGUACAGUGAUGUUAGUGACGAUGAGGCAUUCGUUGACGAAGUCAAGUUAAACCUCCGAUUUUUAGCAGCAAUUCUUAUCAGAAGAGCAUCGAAGGUCGACCUUGCCGGCGUGAUCACGCACAAGUUCUUCCCGGCGGCGCUACGACACCUCGACCUCUAUAUACAGGUGCGCGAGGACACGAGGGGGCUCGACAGGGUCGAUCCGGAACUGACCGCCCUCGAUUACUACGGCAAGGAGCUGCACUGCGCCGUGCGGAGUCGUACGGACGAGAUGAACUAUCUCAAGCGCAUUGUGCGACACAUGCUGCCGGUGCUCGCACUGAGAAACCACAGGAACAGCAAAGCGAUUUCUGCAGUGCUGGCAGAGAUGGUAGUGUCUAAGGUGCUGAUGCCUGCCAUGGACAUCAUAGCAGAUCCCGAUAUUGUAAAUAAUCUACUCUUGAUCUUCUUUAAUGAUGAGCCGAUGACUGUGAGUCAUGAACCUCCUUCACCCCUUGUGCCUUUGCUGGAGAAUCUCAUUCUUCGUAUUAAUAAAGAUAUGCGACCAAAAGUUAAAAAUGCACUGAAGUUAAACGUCAGAGAAAUCCUGGACGACCAAAGUCUGCUCUAUCCAUUUAUACACUUCCUGAAGGGAGAGGGUGCAGUCAAUACGCUACAGUUCUGCCUCAGUGUUGACGACUUCAACAAGAACAUACUGAACCCCGAUUUGACGAACGACGACAUGGGUUUGCUGUUCAAGGAAGCGAAGAACAUCUUCAACACCUACUGUGCGGAGAACGCUCCCGAUCGUAUCAGCUUCGAUCCUAACACAGUCAGGGAUCUCAAAGAAAUCCUAGAUGGCAGCACCGAGGACGUGGUGAAGCUGCGUACGACGCCACCACUGUUCAAAGCAUAUGAGCAUGCGUAUAAUCUCUUAGAGAACAUAUACUGCCCGAUGUUUCAACAUGGUGACGACUAUUUUAAGAUGAUCUGUGGAAGUCGAAUAGAGAUGAAAAUCUCGAGAAGUACGUCAAGUACUUCCCUGUCGAAGUUUACAGAUGGCAGCAGGACAAUGAAGAAAGCUAGUGACACGUUGGCAGCUGUUUCAAAGUUCAGCAACAGAAUUAAAGGCGUAUUUAAAACGAGUACAGUGGAUGGUAGAGUGAUAGAGGUAGAAGAUUAUGGAGACUUAGCUGACAGCUUACUGGCUAAAGUAGUAAAUAUUUUUCCAUUGGCAGAUGACAUGGAGGAUUCUCAUUGGACAGUUGAGCGGAGAUACAAUGAGUUCUAUGUGUUGGAAGGCAAGCUAGUGGAAUUCCACGGUCCCGGAUGGUUGGAUGAUCUGCAGCUUCCAGCGAAGAGAGCGUUCGGCACCAAGACGAUGGAUUUCACCGAAUCUAAACGAGAGGUGUUCGAGUCCUGGCUGCAGAGAGGGCAGGGUCUGGAGGCCUUCCUGCAGCUGUGUCUGCAGUCUACCGAGCCGACGCGAGCUAGAGCUCAGCAGGACCAGCUACAGAGACGGGAGACGAUGGUGUCCGCCACUGAGCUGCUGACCCUUAACAGAAACAUGGUAAAGUUGCGAGUCUCAUACACCGUGUAUGUAGCGGUGAGAGUGUUCAAGGUGCCGAGCUGGCUUGAGCAGGUGCUCCUGGCUGGUAGGGUCGUCUGUAAGCUCUCAAUGGAGUCCUGGUUCGACUGGUACCUAGACCAGAAGCUGAGGCAUGCACUGGGAGAGCAUCACAUUGUAGCUCUGAUUGAACUGCUGAGAGAUGCAAUUUUUUUCGACGAUUCUCCUCCAAGAACUGAAGUGCAGAAAACGGAACGAGCUCAGGAGACAUUAAAAGAAACAGAGGCAUUCUUACCAGGUUUAUUGGUGAAGUUAGUUGGAGAGAAGAGUAAUGCAAACGCAGCGCAAAUCAUCGUUGAUUGUGUGCAGCAUCCAAAACUCAAUAAACAGUUGGCGUACAUGCUGGCAGACCUGCUUCUGCUGGAGCUAUUCCCUGAGCUGUCGGAGGAUGUGGCAGACGCCGGCGUCGGCCAUGUAGACAAGUGCGUGCAAUGACGGCUGCAGCGGGGCGAGACGUCUACUUCUGCGGCCGACUGCGAGUCAUCGUUCUGCUGGAAUUGCUUCUCGCUCGACCUCGCCAGCUGACG